CUCUGAGGAAGAGAAAUCUCGUUGCCAGGAAGUUAUCUGUAAAUUGCAAAGCAUUCUGGAUUCAGAAAGAGAAAAGAGUGCCUUUGUCAGUGAACAAAGGCUUUUAGGAGAAUGAACAACUGCAAAAAGAAAUGGAGGGCUUGAGAAAACUGGCUGUAGAGGCUCAACAAAAAGCUAAAAUAAAGAUAAGCACAAUGGAGCAUGAGCAUGCUGUGAAAGAACAUGGAUAUGAAGCUCGACUUAAGGAAAUGGAAGACACCCGUCAGAAGUCUACUGCUGAACUUAGACGUCUGUUAGUAGCUCAGCAAAAAGCAACAAAUCGGUGGAAAGAAGAAACAAAAAAUCUUACAGAAACUACAGAGGCCAGGAUCAGUAAGCUAAAAAGUGAGCUGAGUCAACAAAAACUUCGUAGCCAGGAGCUCGUAUCUCAGCUGGAAACAGCAAAUGAAAAGAUAACUGAGGAUGAAAAAUUAAUGAUGGAAUAUCGAGAAUACAUCAAUAGGCUUCAAAGGCGACUGAGCCAGGCAGAACAGAGGGCAGCUACAGCAUCUCAAAAGCUCAGCCUGAUAACUACACAGAAGAAAAGAGCUGCUUCCCUGAAGGAUCUGGAAAAUAUUUAAACACAUGUAUUGUUCAUUCACACCAUGUUGGAGUUAAGAAGAUUGCUGGAGAAACUUCAUAUUGGAGCGUUAAAGUCAAAUGCAUAGCAAGGCUUGUAAAACUUAGAUAAACAUGUUCUGUUUUAUUCAGGUAAGAAAGGGGGUGGGUGAAGAUACUGUAUCUGUAUG